UUCACUUGCGACUCAAACUAAUUCAACUAUACCCUCAACAAUCAUCAUGAAAUUCUUCGCUACAAUUUUGGCUGUUAUCGCAACAUUGGCUGUUGCUUCUGCCGGUGGUUAUGGCGGUGGUAGUCCUGCUGCUUCUAUUCCCGCUCCUCCCUGCCCCAAGAACUAUUUGUUCAGCUGUCAACCUAAUUUGGCUCCAGCUCCUUGUGCUCCUCCAGCUGCUGGUUAUGGCUCAGCUGGUGCUUAUUCGGAAAAUGUUCCCACUAUUGUUAAUGCUCCUUAUGGUUAUCAAGGAUUGCCCCAGAAUUUACUACAAGUUCCCAACUAUUAUGGAAAUCAUUAAGUGUGACUCACUAUAACUGGCUGUAGAAAAUUUUAGUUUAAGUUUAAAGAAUUUUCUUUUUUUGUUAUUUGGACAUUGAUUUUAAUUUUAAUAAAAAUUUUAUAAAUAUUUCAAUAUACAACUUUGUAGAAAUUUUAUUUUUCGAAAGGAAAAAAUAUUUUUUCAAUGGAUGGAUGGAUAGAAGUAGACAGAAUCAAUAAGCAAUUGGAUCCAGAGGGUCUAAGU